GCCGUGCCCGCCGCCAUGUACGGGGGAGGCGGCGGCGGAGGAGGAGGCAGCGGCGGCGGCGGAGGAGGCCGCGGGAAAGGCGAGCGGAAGACCGGCGCGAAGGAGGAGCCCGGGCCCGGCGGCGGCGGCAGCGGAGGUGGCGGCGGUAGCAGCGGUAGCAGCGGUAGCAGUGGCAGCCGGGUAGAGCUGCUGGUGUUCGGCUACGCCUGCAAACUCUUCCGCGACGAUGAGCGGGCCCUGGCGCUGGAGCAAGGACAGCAUCUCAUCCCUUGGAUGGGCGACCCCAAGAUCCUCAUCGACAGAUAUGAUGGACGCGGUCACCUGCAUGACCUUUCUGAUUAUGAUGCUGAAUAUUCCACAUGGAACAGAGACUACCAGCUUUCUGAAGAGGAGGCACGAAUAGAUGCCCUGUGUGAUGAAGAGAGGUAUUUAGCCUUGCAUACGGACUUGCUUGAGGAGGAGGCAAGGCAAGAGGAAGAAUAUAAGCGACUAAGUGAAGCCUUGGCAGAGGAUGGAAGUUAUAAUGCAGUGGGAUUCACUUAUGGCAGUGAUUAUUAUGACCCUUCUGAACCAACAGAGGAGGAAGAACCCUCAAAACAAAAAGUUGAAAAAAUUGAGGCAGAAAAUUCAGAGGAAAAUGAAGAACCUUUCAUUGCCCCAUUAGGAUUGAAUGUGCCUUCCGAUGUGGAACUGCCACCAACAGCCAAGAUGCAUGCCAUCAUCGAGCGCACCGCCAAUUUUGUCUGCAAGCAGGGGGCUCAGUUUGAGAUCAUGCUGAAAGCCAAGCAGGCCCGCAACUCCCAAUUUGACUUUCUGCGCUUCGAUCACUACCUCAACCCCUACUAUAAACACAUCCAGAAAGCGAUGAAGGAAGGGCGAUACACCGUUCUGACAGAAAACAAAAGUGAAGAGAAGAGAAAUUCAGGGGCCAACUCAGAUGAUGAUGAUGACGACGACGAUGAUGGUAAUUACCUGCAUCCAUCACUCUUUGCUUCCAAAAAGUGCAGUCGGCUGGAAGAGCUUAUGAAGCCAUUGAAAGUGGUGGAUCCUGAUCACCCUCUUGCAGCACUUGUUCGUAAAGCCCAAGCUGAUAGUAAUGCAUCCACCCCACAGACAGCAGAUGGGGCAGCUGUGCAGACGGGACAGGUGGAGUACACUUCAGAUUCAACAGUGGCAGCCAUGUAUUAUAGCUACUACAUGUUGCCGGAUGGAACAUAUUGUCUUGCACCUCCACCCCCGGGAAUUGAUGUUGCUACUUACUACAGUGCUCUUCCUGCAGGGGUUAAUGUAUCUAGCACCACAGGAGUAACAACCGCGCCUCCCCCACCUGGGACUACGCCGCCCCCACCCCCAGCUACAACGGAGUCCAGCAGCGGGCUAGCUUCUGCCACAACCCCGUCCAGUACACUUGCUCCAGUGGUUGCCAUUAUUCCUCCACCUCCGGACAUCCAGCCUGUAAUUGACAAGUUGGCAGAAUACGUUGCUAGGAAUGGAAUUAAAUUUGAGACUAGUGUUCGUGCCAAGAAUGAUCAGAGGUUUGAAUUCCUACAGCCAUGGCACCAGUAUAAUGCCUACUAUGAGUUUAAGAAGCAGUUCUUCCUUCAGAAAGAAGGAGGCAACAGUUCACAGGUUGUAACAGCAACAACAGUAGCAGAAGAGACUCCCGCAGAGCCUGCCCCUGAAAGUGCCCGUGAAGUGGUAGAAGAUGGUGCGUCUGAAGACGCUGCCGACAUGGGAGGAAAGGGCACCUCAGGGGCAAAAAAGGAGUCCACUUCCAGUAAAGUCGUCAGUGAUGGCAAAUUGGUGAAAGCUUCAUUUGCUCCAAUAAGCUUUGCAAUCAAGGCCAAAGAAAAUGAUCUGCUUCCCCUGGAAAAAAACCGUGUUAAGCUAGAUGAUGAUAGUGAUGAUGAUGAUGAAGAGGGCAAGGAAGGCCAAGAGAGCUCUAGUAGUUCUGCAAACCCUAACCCAGCACUUGUCACACCCUGCAUAGUUGUUGAGGAGAAGAAGCCUCAACUUACCCAGGAGGAGCUAGAAGCCAAACAAGCAAAGCAAAAGCUAGAGGACCGGCUUGCAGCUGCUGCCCGAGAAAAGCUGGCCCAAGCCUCCAAGGAGUCAAAGGAAAAACAGCUUCAAGCUGAACGGAAAAGGAAAGCUGCUCUCUUUUUACAGACUUUAAAAAACCCCCUAUCAGAAGCAGAGUCUGGGAAGAUGGAUGAUCAUCCCUUUGGUGGAGAGGAAGUCAAUAAUAUGCCAUGUACUUUACUGACUGGAGUGAGACCUCUGCCAGCUUUGGAAGUUAAGCCACCAGAACGGCCUUCAAGCAAAAGUAAAGAUCCUCCCCGAGAAGAAGAAAAGGAAAAGAAAAAGAAAAAGCACAAAAAAAGGUCUCGGACAAGAUCCCGCUCUCCCAAGUAUCAUUCAUCAUCUAAGUCCAGGUCUAGAUCACAUUCAAAAGCAAAGCAUUCUCUUCCCAGUGCCUAUAGAACUGUCCGACGGUCAAGACCCACAGCAUCCACAGGGACACUGAGCACGGAGCCAUGUCAGAGCAGCUCAUCAGUGACAGCAGCAACAGAUCAAGACAGUUAUCAGGCAGCCUCGACAACGAAAAGAUUUGACUCCUGGAGCUCUUUUGAGGGAAAACCUGGUAAAAUGUCAAGGUCACGGUCAAGGUCUCCUAGAAGAAGAGCUCACUCACCUGAGAGAAGAAGAGAAGAAAGAAGUGUUCCAACAGCUUACCGUCUGAGCAAUAGCCCAGGAAUCAGCAGGAAACGUACACGUUCCAGAAGUCCCCAUGAAAAAAAGAAGAAGAGACGGUCUCGGUCCCGCCCUAAGUCCAAGGCAAGGUCUCAGUCAGUGUCACCGAGCAAACAGGCUGCACAUAAGAACUCGGCCCAUUCAACCAGCAUCUCUCCUGUGGAGAGUAGAGAGUCCAGCCAAGAGCGCUCCAGAGGAGUUUCUCAGGAAAAAGAUGGUCAGAUCUCUUCAGCAAUUGUGUCUUCAGUGCAAAGUAAAAUAACUCAGGAUCUCAUGGCCAAAGUGAGAGCAAUGCUUGCCGCUUCCAAAAACAUACAAACUAGUGCCUCCUGAGACCCAGUGAACUGACCGUUCGUUAGGGGAACACGUGGGAGGGGAUUUUGCAAGCAGUCUCCAUUGCCUCAUUGCAGCUGUGGAUCAGAGAACUCUGAGCAUUUGGUCCACAGCUUCCUUUUGUAGGAGGUUAUUGGAAUUGGAAGAUCAGAAAAACCUUAUUUCUGUCCAGCCCCACCCUCACAAGCGCUGCCAGAAUUUUCCACCCUGGAUCUCCCUUGGACAAUUGAAGGUUUUUGUAAAUUGAUUUUUGAUGACCUCUUCAGUUUAAGAUUUUUGACCAGCAGUCUCUUACCUGUAUAUUUGUAAAUAAUAUCAUGUUUCUGUGAAAAUGUAUUACCAAAUAAAAUGGGAGAAAAACACCUUUUCUAGCUAGCAA